AUGUAUGUUCCAAUGUCACCUCCGCCAGUAUUUACAUCAAAUAAUAAUAAUAGUUCAACAUCAGUAAAUGUUGGAGAUAAUUCAUCAUCAAAUUCAAUGUUUGAUCGAUAUAGUGCAGCAGCAAAACGUUAUAAAUAUCUUCGACGUUUAUUAAAAUUUCGUCAAAUGGAUUUUGAAUUUGCUAUAUGGCAAAUAAUACAUUUAUUUAUAGCACCACAAAAAGUUUUUCGUGCAUUUCAAUAUCGAAAACAAACAAAAAAUCAAUGGGCAAGAGAUGAUCCAGCAUUUUUAGUACUCUUAAUGGUAUUUCUUGUUGCUUCAUCGAUUAUUAUUGGACUUGUUCUUGGAAUAGGAUUUUUUGGUACUUGCAAACUUGUUUUAUGGGUUGUUUUAGUCGAUUGUGUUCUUGUCGGACUUCUGAUAUCAACUAUUUAUUGGUAUGUUGCUAAUCGAUAUUUACUUGCAAAUCCAAAAUCUAAUAUCGAUGUUGAAUGGGCAUAUUGUUUUGAUGUUCAUCUCAAUGCUGUUUUACCUUUACUUACGAUUUUACAUAUCGGACAAUUACCUUUUUUAAACUCAUUUGCUGUUAGCACAAGUUAUCUCUAUUGUCUUAUUGGUAAUACUGUUUGGUUUAUUGCAUGUGGUUAUUAUGUUUAUAUAUUAUUUCUUGGCUUUAGUGCACUUCCAUUUCUACGCAAUGUUCAUGUACUAUUGUAUCCAUUAACAGCUCUUUUUCUCGUUUAUAUUCUAUCGAUUAUUGUUCAAUGGAAUUUUACUCAAAUGAUUGUCACAUUCUAUGAAUAUCGUGUUGGUCAUAAACGAUUACCAUAA